GCGGCUUGCAGCAGACGGCGCGACACCAUGGAGGGUGGCGGGGGAAGUGGCAACAAGACCACCGGAGGGCUGGCCAGCUUCUUUGGAGCCAGUGGGGCCGGCUACUCAGCGGAUUUGGCCAGCGUGCCGUUAACUGGUAUGAACCCUCUAUCUCCUUAUUUAAAUGUGGAUCCACGAUAUCUGGUUCAGGACACCGAUGAGUUUAUUUUACCUACUGGAGCCAAUAAAACCCAGGGCAGAUUUGAACUAGCCUUCUUUACUAUUGGAGGAUGUUGCAUGACAGGGGCUGCAUUUGGAGCAGUGAAUGGUCUUCGUCUAGGAUUGAAGGAAACCCAGAACAUGGCCUGGUCCAAACCAAGAAACAUACAGAUUUUGAAUAUGGUAACUAGGCAAGGAGCACUUUGGGCUAAUACUUUAGGUUCUCUAGCUUUGCUCUAUAGUGCAUUUGGUGUUAUUAUUGAGAAAUCUCGAGGAGCAGAAGAUGACCUGAGCACAGUAGCAGCUGGAACUUUGACAGGCAUGUUGUACAAAUGUACAGGUGGCCUUCGAGGGGUAGCAUGAGGUGGACUGGCAGGACUAACACUUACCAGCCUCUAUGCACAAUAUAACAACUGGGAGCACAUGAAAGGCUCCU